GCCUAAGUAUGCUUAUGUUAUGACUUCAAAUGGGGCAAUCAUAGGGACAAUCAAUGGUGCGCGAUCAUUUACCUGAUAUCCGCCGCUGAAUAGAGAAGAAAGGUUUAUUACUGUAUUUGAUUGCAUCCACGGAUCAGAUAAAUCACACUUGAUCUCGCGAAGGGUCAAUUCGUCUAGUAUCAGAUCAUAGAUAUAUUCUUCGAGGGAACUUGUCUCAAAAUGGUAGAGUACAGACCUUCUCUGGGAUCUACCACACAGCUCUGGUUGCCAGCGGCUGCCGCUGCAGUACUUGUGUUAGUCUCCUGCAUUUUUUGCACUGUCUCAAUCCAAAGGACUGGAAACGCCAAAUUCAUUGCCCCUUUCGUGGGAUCAAAGCAUGCUUGGCUAGCGAGGUGGAGUUUUUUCUACGCUGCUGAAACCGUGAUCCACGAAGGGCACACCAAAUACGAAGGAAAGCCGUGGAAGCUUACUGGAAACGAUGUCAUCGUUCUCCCACACAGAUAUCUCAACGAGAUUCGGAAGCUACCAUUUCAUCAGGCGAACGCGAUGCAAGCAAACCUAGACAAUAUGCAGAGCAAAUUCACACAUCUUGAUAUCCUCAAUACCACUCGGCUUUUUGUUCAGGUUUUGAAAACUAAGGUUAACCCUCAGCUGGCCCUCAUGAUCCCUACAGUUCGAAGGGAGCUAGACGCAGCAUUCGCGAACGAGGUGCCCCCUCCAUCAAUAAACGAGGGAGACUGGACGAGUGUACCAGCCUUCCAGACCAUUCAUCGAAUUGUAGGCCGCGUUUCAGCGCGCAUAUUCGGUGGCCAGGAACUUCGGGAUGACUCUAACUGGCUAAAUACUGCUGAAGGAUAUCUUCACAACAUCUUUGUCACCGCCAUCACAAUCCGCUUGGUGCCUUAUGGAUUCAAGACAGUGGCUUCAUGGUUUCUUCCAUGCUCGUGGAAGAUAUCGUGGAAUUUCUGGAAGGCCAAGCGCAUUCUCUAUCCAUACAUCCGAUAUCGCAAGAGUAUUGUCGAAGAGAAAGCGGCCGAAUUCGCCAGAAAGCGGAGAGAUGAGUUUCCUGACGUCUUACAAUAUUUAAUAGAGCAGGCUACUGGGCGGGACGCUGAGCUCAUGAGCCUAGCAUCUAUGGUUCUCUCCCUGAGUCUAGCUUCGAAUCAUACGACAGCCAUGGCAUUGACAGAAGCCCUAUAUGAUCUAUGUACGUAUCCGGAGUACCAAACCGAGUUACGUGAAGAAGUUCGGUCAGUCAUUGAAGCUGAUGGAGGUUGGAGAAAAACAUCCCUGGUAAAAAUGCGCAAGCUAGACAGUUUUAUCAAAGAAUCUCAGAGGAUGCGCCCUCCCAGUCUUAUGGGCUAUAAACGCAAGAUUACUGAAAAUAUUACCCUCAGUGAUGGACUGCAAUUGCCGGCUGGUGCGCAUGUCGAAUUCGCCAUUGUCCCCAUUCAACAAGACAACACCAUUAACUCAACCGAGUUCGAUGGGCUACGUUACUAUCGUUUGCGACAAGCGCCAUCUCAAGCUCAUCGUCACCAGUUUGCGACUACUAGUGAAUCCGUCUUGCACUUUGGACAUGGGCAAAAUAGUUGUCCUGGUAGAUUUAUGGCGUCCAAUGUCAUCAAGAUGACCCUUGGAAAGAUGAUGUUGGAGUAUGACUUCAAAUUGGAUCAGUUCAAAAGACCUGAGGGUAUACACGCUUUUGAGUACAACUUUCCUAAUCCUGAGGUACAUCUUCUGCUGAGGAAGAGGAAUCAAAUGCCCUCCGUAUAGUUACCGCAAUCUGCCAUGGCUCUUUUACCUAGUCUGAGGUUCGAUCGAGUUUUAAGAUGGAGUAGUAGGAGUAUAUUAUGUUAAACAUUUUCUAGCAAGUUUGAACAACGUGCUUGGGCUUUCAUUUCUAUAUUACAUAGUAUUUAGAACAAGCAUCCACAGCAAUUAGGGCUAGAAAUGGUUAUCGAUAACAGGA